CUCUCUCUCUCACUCACUCAGAGGCAAAGUUUCGAGGUCUCAGAUCAGUAGAGAAAAAUAUGUAUAGGUCUCAGCCACAUCUUCAAUGUUUGUCCCCCAUCUUCUUGGUUGUGAUUCUCCCACAUCUUCUUGGAUUCACUGUCCAACAAUCUUUAGCUCGGCCUCUAAAUCCAAAAAUGGUGGUGGAGGGGAGGAAGAAGCAAUCCUUAUCCAGUUCAACUUUUGCGGCAUUGCUCAAAGACCGAUAUGUACACAAUAAUGGAGAAAUUCCAGGAGGUCCACCUGUCCUGUAUUCCCCUCCUCAAAUUGGAAACCAUGACAUGAGUGCUGGUCCGAAGGUACAUGGUGGUGAAUAUGGUCCAAUGAAUAAAGGUCGAGUCCCACCAUCAGCUCCUAAUCCAAUCACCCAUGAUGCAAUUGGCAACCCCUGAUGAGAUGAGUAGCGGUGAAGAAAACUUGUUGCUGUAAUGCUGUUUCUCUAGAACAAUUCUCUGCCCAAUAUGCGCUUUUGAUUAAAAAAAAUCAAAAGAACCUAUAUAUGUAUAUGCUUUUGCUAGCUU